ACUUUUCUUCAAACUGAUUUGAGCCCACAAAAACAAAAAAAAGUGAUGGCUAACAACACUUUCACUGCAACAUGUUUUGUGCAUCUUUUCACGUACUCCGCAUCUCUCUUGUCAUGGGUGGUCCCUUUCGUUUCUGCGUCUCUAGAUGGGAGAUCUUUCAUUAUUUAUUGCUACUGCCAGUCUUUUUCGAUGCGCCUUCAUCAUCUGAACUAUCUGACGAGUUGGAGCUGUCCGACGACAUUUGUUCGACAUCCCGCACAUCUUGAACUUGAUCGAUACCUCCUGGACGAUUCGGAAGUCCAGUAAUUUUCAGCUUCACGUUUGGCGAGGAAGAAGGACUCUGAAAAUAUGUUAUUUAUUGGAAAAUUAUAAAAUAGCAGAUAAAUGUAGCCAUAUUUAGAUGUUCCGCGCCUAAGAAGACGAAGAAUGAUACCUAUGGCGUUGUUAUAGCACACGUAAUCAACGAUAAAGCCUUUGAAGCCGGCAA